AUGUGCCCGGCACCAGACGGCGAGGUCAAUGGACACGUGAACGGUAAUGGUGUUGCGAAUGGCACCAACGGCACCAACGGCAACCACGACGGCUUCAGAGCAAUCCCAACACACCAAGCCUCGCGCCCACAGUCCAGCAACCCCUACGCACCCGUCCAAGACUUCCUCAGCAAUGUCUCCAAGUUCCAGAUCAUCGAGUCGACAUUACGAGAAGGCGAGCAGUUCGCCAACGCCUUCUUCGACACCGAGACCAAGAUCAAGAUCGCCAAGGCGCUGGACGACUUCGGCGUGGACUACAUCGAACUGACUUCUCCCGCCGCGAGCGAACAGAGCAGACUGGACUGCGAGGCGAUAUGCAAGCUCGGUCUCAAGGCCAAGAUCCUGACGCACGUGCGAUGUAAUAUGAGCGAUGCCAAAUUGGCGGUGAGCACGGGUGUGGAUGGCGUGGAUGUGGUUAUUGGCACGAGCAGCCAUUUGAUGGAGCAUAGCCAUGGCAAGGACAUGACGUACAUCAAGAACACUGCGAUUGAGGUGAUUGAGUAUGUCAAGUCGCAGGGCAAGGAGAUUCGGUUCAGUUCGGAGGACUCCUUCCGGAGUGAUCUGGUGGAUCUCCUCACCAUCUACAGCGCGGUGGAUAAGAUUGGAGUGAACAGGGUCGGUAUUGCCGACACUGUUGGCUGCGCAACCCCCCGCCAAGUCUACGACCUCGUCCGCACGCUCCGCGGCGUGGUGAGCUGCGACAUCGAAACCCACUUCCACAACGACACCGGCUGUGCCAUCGCCAACGCCUACUGCGCCCUCGAAGCCGGCGCGACCCACAUCGACACGAGCGUCAUCGGCAUCGGCGAGCGCAACGGCAUCACGCCCCUCGGCGGCCUGAUGGCGCGCAUGAUCGUCGCCGACCGCGACUACGUCAAGUCCAAGUACCGCCUCGAAAAGCUCAAGGAGAUCGAGGACCUCGUCGCCGACGCCGUCGAGAUCAACGUCCCCUUCAACAACUACAUCACCGGCUUCUGCGCCUUCACCCACAAGGCCGGCAUCCACGCCAAAGCCAUCCUCAACAACCCCUCCACGUACGAGAUCAUCACCCCCUCCGACUUCGGCAUGAGCCGGUACGUGCACUUCGCCUCCCGCCUCACCGGCUGGAACGCCAUCAAAUCCCGCGCGGAGCAGCUGGGGCUGCAAAUGAGCGACGCGCAGAUCAAAGCCGUGACGCUCAAGAUCAAGGCGCUGGCGGACGUUCGAUCCCUGGCCAUCGACGACGCGGACAGCAUUAUCCGGAAUUUCCACUUUAACCUGUCCGCGGACAAGGAGCAGCCGCUGCUGUCGCUGACGGAUGAGGAGAAGAAGGCUUUUGCCGCCAAGGAGAAGGAGUUGAGCAAGGAGGGGGAGAAGAGGGAGAUUGAUGCCGAAGCUGAUCAGGAGGCGGAGCAGCCGGCUGCUAAGAAGAGUCGGGUGGCUACUGCUUCGUAG